GCCGGCGUUUCAUCAGAGCGACCAGGGCGCCGUGCUACGCCUCGUAUCCGUGUCUCCUUGGCCUCCCAACCAAGCUUCAUCUUCACCACGGCCAACAUUCUCUUGUACGUUACCCUGGACGCUGCUGGUCUCUGCAGGCUAGGUGGCCUUUGCAGCUGACCUCCAUCAUCCACCAAAACACCCCACGCUCCUUCAGCUUUCUCCUCAUCAUGAACCAUGUUUUUGUUCCCAGGCAGUCCGACGACUGCCCUUUCGUCGCCGACUGUGGUGACGCCCCGGCAUGCAACUGUGCGGCAGACGAAACCUGUAUUCAAAUCGGCAGAACCUGCACGACGUGCCCCACAGUGCAAUGUAUCCCAAAUAACAACUCAGGCAACGGCUCCAAGGGCUCUGGCGGCAUCAGCAAGGGCUCGUUAGCAGGAGCCAUUGUCGGUGUCAUGCUUUUCCUGGCCGUUGCUGCCAUCUUCUUCGUGUGGUACAGGAGGCGCUGGCUGAAGCGGAGGGCCGAUGCGAAGCAGGUUAAGGAAGUCAAGGACGUCCCGGCUUCUGCAGCUGACGUCCUUAACCGACCCGAUCCUAACGAGAAGCCGCCGUCUGUCAUGCAGGAGCAGAGCACAGUACGGGUCUACUCCAGUUCCUCUGAUCGCACCAUCGACUUGGAUCCGGAGUCCCAACGCGGUGACCUGCAACGUCGCACUUCCACUCAGUCCAACCCCUUUGCAGACCGGCACUCUAUACAGACGACAUCCACUGGUUCUCAAUCCACGAAUGUUAUCCCCAUCGCGCUCGUUCCCCCUGGAUCAUCUUCCCAGAGUGCAACGUCAUCCUUCGCAAGCCCGAUACGCCCGAGACGUUCUGCCGACCUCAAUCUCAAUCUGGAACAUGUCAAUGUAUCCAAUGAGUCUGUGCCCAGUAGAGGUGCUUACGAGCCAUCGGAACGCUCGGGGAUAUCUGCGCGUAGGAUGUCUGCGAUGACAUCCGCAACGAAUGCCAGUUAUUCCAGUGACUUCAUGGAAGCACCUACCAUCAUAACGCCUACUCAGGGUGCUAUCAGGCAAGUGCUCGGCGUUGUCAAAGCCGAAGUGAUACAAGCGCCCGCCUCGACGCCGGGAACUCCCAUGAGCGCAAGCAGCCUAAAGCCUAAUUCUAUCGCCAGCAAACCUUCCGUUCGCUCCCCUCUUGCGACGACAUCCUUCGGACCUGCCGACGUUGUGAAGGAAUCUGAUAGCGAGGCCGCUAGCGACCCGUUCAAGGAUGAGCGAUCGGCUAUCCCUUGCCAGAAUGAACAGUCGCCUUCAGCAUCUGUCACGACUUUUGGUACUCCCUGCUCCGACGAUCCUAGGUCAUCACACCUUGAGCUAGAAGAUCCUCGCUUGCCGUGGGCUCAGUCAGGAGACUUCAGUCGUCCAACGAGUGUAAGUACCCAGGCUGGGACUAUCAUCGCGGAACUCGGCAGUGCCACCCGAGUUAACGUAGGCUUGGGCGAGUUGAGUCCUCACAAUGUCCCGUAUGAACAGACUGUCCCCCACAGCGCCGGAGGGGGCUCUGUUAAAACAAUUCAUAGAAUGACGAGUGGGAGGCUGGUCACUCCCCCGUCGGGUGCCAAGCCCGGGGCUCUGGAGGAACAGCAGCUUCGGGCUCUUGCCCAUGCUGAGGCCCAAGCUCAGGCACAGAGAGCCAGUGGUGGCAAGAACGUACGGCGGUUCUCCGGGACCUCUGUAGUUUCCAGGGCUUCUACCCAUGCGGAUUCGAUCCUCGAGUCAUUCCCCUUCGUCCCGCCGUCCCCUAUCUCUGACAGACCGGCCCGGACUCCGCCCCACUCGCCACUUACGAAGGAGGCCGAUGCUUCCGUGAAGACGAAGACGUCGGGCGCCGACAGUCAGCAGAAGUCGGGCAGUGGUAAAGGUCGCGCGCGGCCUUCGAACCCUCCCACAAGCAGCCGUCGAACGCUAGGCAUGUCGACCGUCUCACAAGCUUCUGCCAUGUCCACCGGUCUUGGGUCGUUCCCCUUCCAGAUUGAUACCAUGAACGAUCUUGAACAUAGCCCUGCUCCUUCGUCGACCUUUGCAGGGAGACAACGAGCUAGUCUGGACACCCUGGCGCUAACGAGCGACUUGUCCUCGUACCCCCUUGGCUUCGAUCAGGACCGAGGCAGCACCGGCCCCUCUGCACGGCGCUGAUGAAGGACUAAAUGCGAUGGGAAUGCUUUGUCUGAGUAGUACUGCUGUUUUAUGUUCCCUGUGAUCUGGCUGGUCUUAUAUCUUCACCGUGACGCCUCCGCGGCGCCGUGCUUACAUCAACGCGCACUGUGUUUCGUUUUGACGUAUAUUGGUGGCCUCGUCGUUUCUUUCGGCUUCAGCCAAGGUUCCGACUUUUGUGACGAGGCUUGGUUUUCUUGUUUCGAAGGCGUUACCUUUUGUACCUGUACAAGGUAUACGACGCUUGGAUGGUAUUUAUAUGCGUCUGUGUUUAUAAUUUAUGCUCUCCAUUUUUUGAGUAGUGUCAGAUAGCGCGAGCGGGGGGAGUAAGGUCGGGUCACACCCUUUCGGGUCUGGUGUAGAUAGUUGGAUCUUGGGUGGCCGCCUUUCGUUGUCCCUUCGAAAUAUAUUAAAUUCCUAGAGCACUAUGCUGGAACGU